ACUCUUCCUUCUCGUUUCAACUUAGCCAGCUAGCUUUCGUUUUCGUCAGUGAAAAAAAAAUAGAAAAUGGUGACCUCUGCAAUGUUUAGAGCUGCUGCAAUGGCGAUGGUGCUGGCUUUGAGCUUCAGCGCGUGUCAAGCACAGCUUUCUUCUACGUUUUACGCCGAAACAUGCCCGAAUGCACUCAGUACCAUUCGCACAUCCAUCAGAUCAGCCAUUGCAAGAGAACGUAGAAUGGCUGCCUCUCUUAUUCGACUUCAUUUCCAUGAUUGCUUUGUUCAGGGCUGUGAUGCUUCAAUCUUACUGGACAAUUCACCUUCGAUCACUAGCGAAAAGUUUGUGAUUCAAAAUAAUAACUCGGUACGAGGGUUUGAGGUUAUUGAUCAGGCUAAAUCUGCAGUCGAAAAUGUUUGCCCUGGAGUUGUAUCUUGUGCUGAUAUUCUCGCAGUUGCUGCCAGAGAUGCCUCUGAAUACGUAGGUGGUCCAUCGUGGACAGUGAGACUUGGAAGAAGAGACUCCACCGAUGCAAGCGCGAGUUUGGCAAGCAGAGACCUUCCUCGUUUCACAGCUGAUCUUCGGAGCCUUAUCGAUCUGUUCGGAAACAAGGGCCUCACAGAAAGAGACAUGGUUGCUUUGUCAGGUUCUCACACCAUAGGACAAGCUCAAUGCGUAACGUUCCGGGACAGAAUAUACAGCAACGGGAGCGACAUCGACGCCGGGUUCGCCAGCACACGGAGACGCAAUUGUCCGGUUACUUCCCCCGACGGCAAUGGGAAUCUGGCACCGCUCGAUUUGGUGACACCGAAUUCCUUUGACAACAACUACUUCAGGAACCUGUUGCAGAGGAGGGGUCUUCUGCAGUCGGAUCAAGUUCUGUUCAGCGGUGGAUCCACAGAUAGCAUAGUGAACGAGUACAGCAGGAACCCUUCGACUUUCAGCUCCGAUUUCGCUUCCGCUAUGGUCAAGAUGGGAGACAUCGAGCCUUUAACGGGUUCAGCUGGGAUAAUAAGAAGGAUUUGCAGCCGUGUUAACUAGUUUCUUUCAUUAUGUGUUUUCUUUCAUAUUUUCUUUCAAGUGUAAAGUAGUUG